GUCCAGGCAAGUUGACUUAAUUUUCAGUUUUUCAUCUUCUCGAUCAGUAGUAUCCAGUCGAUCGCUGACAAUCUGGAUCAAUCAGGUGCUGCAGGUUAACUUAAUGGCUGCUGCGCAUGCUCCUCCUCCUCCUUCUUCAUUGACCUAUGAUGUCUUCCUCAAUUUUAGAGGCCAAGACACUCGAGAGAGCUUUGUCUGCCAUCUUCACAAAGCUCUGGAACGGAAGACACUCAAAGUCUACAUUGAUAAACAAGAUCUUAGAAAAGGCGACGACCUUUCGGACCUACUGAAAGCCAUUGCCGAGUCAAAGCUUUCGAUUGUAGUUUUCUCUGAAAACUACGCGACUUCCACAUGGUGCUUGAAAGAACUGGGGCAGAUCCUGGAAUGCAAGGCCAAGCAGAACCAGAUUGUGUUGCCUAUUUUCUACCGAGUAGAUCCUUCCCACAUUCGUAAACAGACGGCAAGUUUUGGCGAAGCUUUUGCCAAGCUUGAACUCGACCGCAAAAAGGACAAGAAGUUGCUGCAAGAAGUGCAGAGAUGGAGAUCCGCUCUAAAGGAAGCCGCCAACUUAGCUGGCUGGGAUUCCAAAGAUCAUGAGGAUGAUGCCGAGCUUAUUGAUGAUAUUGUAAAACAAGUCUUUGAUAAAGUGAAUUGGAUAUCGCCACAUACAGAGGAUGGCUUGGUUGCCAUGGAUUCCCAUCUGCAUGAAAUGAGACGACUGUUAAAUGCUGCCCCGGAUGAUAUUGUCUAUAUUGGAAUCUGGGGAAUGGGUGGCAUAGGAAAAACGGCCAUUGCUGAUGCUAUUUAUAGAGAAAUUUCUCAUCAAUUUGACCACCGUUGCUUUCUUAAAAAUGUGAGGGAAGGUUUGGAGAAGGGAGAAGUACAAAUGCAACUUAAAUUUCUAUCUGGAAUUUUGAACGAGAAAGUCGACAAUUUUGAUGGAGGUUACAUGAUGAUGCUGAAAAGGCUAGGUAACAAAAAAAUCCUAGUUGUUCUUGACGAUAUACUCGAUUCAAUCCAGAUUGAAACCUUACUCGGAAGGAAACGUUCAUAUGGCGGCGGAAGUAUAAUUAUUGUAACAACUAGAGAUGAACAUGUGGUGCGUGAAUUUAAGAUAUACAGGCCCAAGCCACUAAGUGAUCGCGAUGCUCUGAAACUCUUCAGCCAGAAUGCCUUCAACACAUACAAACCCUCUGGAGAGUAUGAACAGCUCUCAAGGUGCAUAGUAGAAUAUGCACACGGUCUGCCCUUAGCGCUUAUAGUAUUGGGAGCAUUACUUCGUAACAGAAGUGUAUCUGAGUGGGCAGAUCAGUUCAAGAAAAUGAAGAAAUAUCCGAACCCAAAAAUUGAGGAGGUGCUUAAAAUAAGCUAUGACGGACUAGAUCAUUCACAGAAGAACAUAUUUCUAGAUAUUGCAUGUUUCUUUAAAGGAAUGGACAAAUACUAUGUAACAAAAGUUCUCGUCAGUUUUGGCUUCUCUCCGAACAUUGACUUAAAUGUUCUAGUUGAAAGAGCUCUUGUAACCAUCUCAGACUCCAAUAAGCUUGAGAUGCAUGAUUUACUACAAGAAAUGGGUAGGGACAUUGAAUCCGCUAAAGAAGAUGGGAAGCGGAGAAGAUUUUGGAGUGAAGAUGCUGAGCGUGUGCUAACUGAAAAUACGGCUACGGAAUUUGCGGAAGGCUUGAUGAUUGACUUGCCGAACAAGGAAGACAGAUCCUUCAAUGCUGAAGCUUUUGUUAGUAUGAGGAAACUGAGGUUGCUCAUAUUCACUUACGGGCAAAGGUAUAUUGGAGAUAACGGUGAAAAUCACCUGAGUGGGGACUUCAAGUUUCUUUCUCAUGAGUUGAGGGUUCUCGUCUGGCAUAGGUAUCCUCUAAAGUGCUUGCCAUCCAACUUUGACCCCAAGAAUCUUUUGCAGCUUGACAUGCGUCUCGGUCACAUUGAACACCUCUGGGAAGGAUCUAAGCGGGCGAAAAACUUGAGAAGCAUAAAUUUGAGUGGCUCUCGAUAUCUUAAAAAAACUCCUGACUUGACUGAGUUGCCAAAUCUUAAGAAACUAGAUCUUCAUGGUUGCUCAAGUUUAACGGAGGUCCACCCAUCCAUUUCAGCCCUUAAAAACCUUGUUUUUUUGAGUUUAUCAGGGUGCAGAAAACUUAAGAUUCUUCCGAGCAGCAUUCAUAUGAAAUCCCUCAAAACCCUUAAUCUUUCAGACUGCCCAAAUCUUGAGAUGUUUCCAGAGAUUUCGGAAGAUAUGGAGACACUAUCAGAGCUUAUGUUAUUUAAUACUGCAAUUAAGGAACUACCAUCGUCAAUUGAACGGCUUCGGGGGCUUAAAACAUUAAACAUGUUUUACUGCAGUAGCCUUAUCUGUCUUCCAGACAGUAUCUGUAAUUUGGCAGAACUUAGAUCUCUCGACCUGAGUGGUUGCACAAAACUUUAUAAGUUGCCUGAGAACAUUGGGAGUUUAGGAUCUUUGUUGGAACUUCAAGUUCGAAACAGUGGUUUAGAACAACUGCCAGUCUCUGUCUUACAUUUGAAGCUUGGUAGAUUAUCGUUUGGUGCUUGCAAACAAAUGGUGGCUCCCCUUUCAUCAUGGCCAUCAUCAAUUCAAGAUUGUUGUACUGCUGUGGUACAUCUUGAUUUUGAAGAUUGCAAUCUGUUGGAAUUAUCGGAUGCUAUUUCUCAUUUUUCUUCAUUAAAAGUAUUAAGGUUGUCAAAAAACAAUUUGGAAAGCUUACCUACAAUCAUGAAUCGACUUGUUUUCUUAGAACAACUUGAAUUGGAAGGUUGCAAGAGACUGAGAUCAAUACCAGAGCUUUCAUCAAGUAUAAGUUACAUAAAUGCGCAUGAUUGCAUAGCUUUGGAAACUGUUUCAACACCACAGACUGCUUACAAUAUCGGUCGGUGCUUCAUAUUUUCUAAUUGCCAUCUCCUGGAACAGAAAGAUCUUUUCAGAGAUAUUGUAGAAACUCAUUCCCCUCCACAGGGUAAUUGUUCCCGACCCUUUUAUUUCUCUGUACCUGGAAGUGAAAUACCAGAACGGUUCACCCAUCAGUGUAGGGGGUCUUCCGUAACUGCCAAGCUACCACCAAAUUGGUUUGACAAGAAGUUUUUGGGCUUUGCUAUAUGCGCCGUUACUAAUAAGCCCCUUGGUGUUGAUUAUCGUUACCUGUCUGCUCAAUGUUUCUGUACCUUCAAGGGGGAUCAUUGUGAGUACCGUUUCAGUUUCUAUUUGUUUCAUAUUUAUGUCGGUUUCUACCGCAGUUGGCUGGAGUCAAAUCACUUGUUACUAGGAUAUGUGCCAUGGUCUGAAUCUGGCAUGAUUAAGAGAGAGGAAGUCAAUGAACGCCGUUACACAGAGGCCAACUUUGAGAUAGAAUUGCACUAUGAAGAAAAUUUUGUUUCAAAUGUAAUAUCUGGCAUCGAAAGUUGCGGAGUUGGAUUCUUUUUUGCCAACAAUGAGGAAGUCGACUCUGGGAAACCAAUGGUAGAAGUUGAUAAUUCUGAGAGGAGCCUGGAGGCUUGCUCGGCUGAACCCAGUAGUAGUGACAUCAAAAGUGACACCUCCGAUGAGGAUGAGCAAUACCUUAAAUUAUCACAAGUUUUUAAAGGCGCAAAUAGAGCACUGAGUUACAUCAAAAUUGAGGACAGUGAUUUAUCUGGGAAGAGGAAAACUCUGGAAAGUUGGACACAAGAAGUCAGACUUACAUCAGGUCUGAGGCAAGGGCAUCUGGAUGAUGGUUUUAACUGGUUCCUAUAUAGCAGUGGGAUCGUAAGACACGAGUAUGUUUGUACACAUCGUCGACUUGGCUGUUGGGCGAAAGCUAUAGUGCCAACUCCCAUUGACCCAACAAUUUUCGAAAUUACUUACGUUGGGAGGCACACUUGUUGGAACACUCAACCAAUGUUGACACACCAAGUAAGAGUUACUCCGGGUAUAGGGGUUGAAAGUCCUUUUGAUGGCUUUCGGUGGGAAAAGUAUGACCAAAUGGACAUACCAGGAGCUACAUACCCAAGAGUCUAUUACAUAUGCACUCCUCAAAAUGUCAAAAGUUGCAUGGUCGUAAAGGAAGUGCAAUGCUCCAAUGAUCAGAAAAUCGUUAAAAUUACUUACAGAGGAAGACACACAUGUACACUAGCCUCCACCAGCAAUGGAGGAAUGGGUGAUAGCAAGACCUCCAUGGAAAAUGGUGCAUCGAGUAUUUGUGACCAAGUUGUCCAAUCACCAAGCUCAUCAGGAGCCAAUGGUCACGAAAGAAAUGUAAUAAUAGCUUACAGUCCUGUGGAUGAUGACAAUGUGACUAUGUUACGAGUUGCAAGCUCACAGGAUAUGGAUGUCAAUGAUAUGGAAGAUAAAGACAUGGCUAGUUGCUUAUGCCAAUUAUGGUGGUGUUGGAGGCUUUGGACUUCAAUAAUCUCAAGAAAAGGACCCGAGAAUUGAUGGAUUCUGAUCAACCAAAUGAAUCCAACUCUAUUUCAAGCCAUAAUCCAUGAAGAUCCUUGCUAGGACUGCCAAUGGUUUUGCUCGGGAGAGCCUAUGUUUUUGUUGUAUUUAAGAUACUAGAGCUACUAAUAAGGAUUAGUCAAAGCAAUAUUCUAAAAACUGUUUAUGUGCCUAGAGUGUGGCAGUGUGGUGGUCUUCGAUUCGAUCUGCUGGCG